GUAUAGAAUUUGACAAAUAAAUUAGUCUAUAGUAGGGUAAAGAAUACAAAGUUAUAUUUUAUCUUACUUAGAGAUACAGUAAACACACAAUUUUUGAAGAAUUCUAGUAGAUUUACAGUACCUCUGCAAUGAGAUGGGAAGAGAAAAGUCAGUCAAAGAAGAUAGAACAGCCUAAACUUGCAUUGCCAAGAUCCUUUUAUCUUCUUUGGCUGACUUCUCUUACCUCAUCUUACUGAAGAGGUACAGUAAAUCUACCAGAAAUAUGAACAAAUGUAGGGUUUACAUUACCUCUAAAUAAGCUAAAACCUCAUUUUAAUCUUCGAUUAUCGAAUCAACGAAACAAUUUCCCAAGGCUCAACCUUCUGAUAAUCUUGAUAAAUGUCUUCGAAGAUGAUAUCCCUUCUCAUAAUUUUGGUGAAAGUUUUCUUUAAGAUCAGAAUGAAGAAAAUCUGGAAUUUUCUCCUUUUGGAUUAAAAAUUUCUAGCACAAUAUAUACUCUUUGGAUUUUUCUAACUUUCUCUUAGACUAUUUUUUGGUUUGAUAGCUAGAGAUGUAGAGGCUUUAUAUAUGCUUUGGAUUCAUGUGGGGUUCGAUUCUCAAUGAAAUUAUUUUUUAUU